GAAACGGUUACUGGGCAGUCCAGAAGCCUGCGAGGUUCUCCGCAAUGCCAAUAUGGCUUCUCUGCUGCCCCCUGUUGGUACAGAGGUGUUCAAACGCUUCACACCAGCCUCUCUAGAAGAAAUCAACCGAAGACAAGCAGCUAAACAACAAGAAGCUGAACAACAGAAGGAAGAACAAAAGAAACAUGACAAUAUUGAGGUGUCUGAGGAAGAUCUCCCUCAACCAGCCAGUGAUCUCGAGGCUGGGAAGCCCCUUCCCUUCAUUUUUGGAGACCCACCUCCUGAGUUACUCAACAUCCCUUUGGAGGAGUUGGAUCCCUUCUACCAAUCACAGAAGACCUUCAUCGUGCUCAGYAAAGGAAACAUCAUCUACAGGUUUAACGCAGAGCCGGCGUGUUACCUGCUCAGUCCAUUCAACCCUCUGAGGACCUUCGCCAUCAAGAUCCUCAUCCAUUCUUUGUUUAGUUUGUUCAUCAUGGUGACUAUUUUGACCAACUGUGUGUUCAUGACGAUGAGUGAUCCUCCAGCAUGGAGCAAGACGGUGGAAUACGUCUUCACAGCCAUCUACACGUUUGAAGCAACCAUCAAAAUUUUGUCCCGAGGAUUCUGUGUGGGGGGGUUCACCUUCCUCAGAGACCCCUGGAACUGGCUGGACUUCAUGGUCAUCAGCAUGGCAUAUUUGACUGAGUUUGUGGAUUUGGGAAAUGUUUCUGCACUGAGGACCUUCAGAGUUCUUCGAGCCCUGAAAACUAUCACAGUAAUUCCCGGUUUGAAGACCAUUGUUGGCGCUCUCAUCCAAUCAGUGAAGAAAAUGGGUGACGUCAUGAUUCUGACUGUGUUCUGCCUCGCCGUCUUUGCUCUGAUUGGUCUUCAGCUUUUCAUGGGAAACCUGAGACAAAAAUGUGUUCUGAUGCCACCGCUGAACAACCACACAUCAGCAGAAGCCAUCAAUGCCAGUUUCUACAGCAACGACACCUACAACAACAGCACUUACUUUGAUUACUAUGAGCACAUUAACAAUCCAGAGAAUUAUUACUUCCUGCCAGGCAGCCCUGAUGCUCUGCUGUGUGGAAACAGCUCUGAUUCUGGAGCUUGUCCGGAUGGUUACAUCUGUCUGAAAGCUGGGAGGAACCCAAACUAUGGCUACACCAGCUAUGACACUUUUAGUUGGGCGUUUCUGGCUCUGUUCAGACUCAUGACACAGGACUUCUGGGAAAACCUGUUCCAACUGACGCUGCGAUCAGCAGGUAAAACCUACAUGAUUUUCUUUGUGGUGGUUAUCUUCCUCGGUUCAUUCUACCUCAUCAACCUCAUCCUGGCUGUGGUGGCCAUGGCCUACGCCGAGCAGAAUGCAGCCACCAUUGCUGAAGCCAAGCAGAAGGAGGAAGAGUAUGCUCAGAUCCUGGAGGUGCUGAAGAGGAGAGAAGAGGAGCUGGCAGCCAACAGGGCGGCGCUCUUAGAGAAGGAAGGCAAGAACUCUGAGGAAGAACAAAUGGCCAUGAAUGACUUUGAGGAAGACCAAAGACCUUGUCCUCCAUGCUGGUAUGCAUUUGCUGACAUCUUCCUGAAGUGGGACUGCUGUGGUUGUUGGAGGUGGCUGAAACAACUGCUUUACACCAUCGUCAUGGAUCCAUUUGUCGAUCUUACUAUCACCAUCUGCAUCGUUCUCAACACCGUCUUCAUGGCCAUGGAGCAUUACCCAAUGACUGAGGAGUUUGAGGAGCUGCUGAGCAUUGGAAACCUGGUCUUUACAGGAAUMUUUACAGCUGAGAUGGUCCUCAAGCUUCUUGCAAUGGAUCCAUACAACUAUUUCCAGGUUGGCUGGAACAUAUUUGACAGCAUCAUCGUUACCAUGAGCCUGGUCGAGCUGGGCCUGGCUAAUGUACAGGGUCUGUCUGUGCUUCGCUCCUUCCGAUUGAUGCGAGUGUUUAAACUGGCCAAAUCGUGGCCCACCCUCAACAUGUUGAUAAAGAUUAUCGGGAACUCUGUGGGGGCUCUGGGGAACCUGACGCUGGUUCUCGCCAUCAUCGUCUUUAUCUUUGCUGUCGUCGGCAUGCAGCUGUUUGGGAAGAGCUACAAAGACUGYGUCUGCCGCAUUUCAGAGGACUGCRAGCUUCCUCGCUGGCACAUGAACGACUUCUUUCACGCCUUCCUCAUCAUCUUCAGGGUCCUGUGCGGCGAGUGGAUCGAGACCAUGUGGGACUGCAUGGAGGUCGCGGGUCAGGCUAUGUGCCUGAUCGUCUACAUGAUGGUGCUGGUUAUUGGAAACCUGGUGGUCCUCAAUCUGUUCCUGGCCUUGCUGCUGAGCUCGUUCAGCGGAGACAACCUUUCAGCCUCAGACGAUGAAGGAGAAAACAAUCUGCAGAUCGCCAUCAACCGGAUCAGCAGGGCUGUGGCCUGGAUCAAAGCCUGGUUCCUCAAAACCUUCUGUAAUCUGCUGGGAAAGAAGACAACAAAAAACUCAGACCCUGCAGCUGAAAGCACUAAGGAAGACGACACGACGAAGGAGGUUUUACCUCUGACCUUUGUGACCUCGGAGCAGCCAGUAACACAAGUCACAGUCCCCAGCAGUAACCCAACCAGCUACUAUCAWAACAUCGUAUCCCUGAAGGUCCCCAUCGCCAAGGCUGAGUCUGACGCUGACAGUUCUGAAGACGACGACGAGGAGGGUGUGGAGCAGCUCUCACAAGGUGAAGAAUCGUCUGUCUGCAGCACUGUGCAGAAACUUCCUGAAAAGGCUGAAGUCCAAACUGAAAAUGAUGAUUCUCCUGAGGAUUGCUGCACUGAUAAGUGUUACAGUCGCUGCCCAGUCCUGGACAUAGACACAUCCCAGGGCAGAGGAAAGAUCUGGUUUAACCUCAGGACAACCUGCUUCUCCAUCGUAGAGCACAACUACUUUGAGACAUUCAUCAUCUUCAUGAUCCUGCUGAGCAGUGGAGCUCUGGCCUUUGAGGACAUCUACAUGGAGCAGCGGCCGGUCAUCAAGGUCAUCCUGGAGUACGCAGAUCAGGUUUUCACAUACGUCUUCGUGUUGGAGAUGCUUCUCAAGUGGGUCGCCUACGGGUUUAAGACGUACUUCACCAACGCCUGGUGCUGGCUGGACUUCCUCAUCGUAGAUGUGUCUCUGGUGUCUUUGACGGCAAACAUCCUGGGAUACUCUGAGCUGGGAGCCAUCAAGUCUCUCAGGACUCUGAGAGCGCUGAGACCCCUGAGGGCCCUGUCUCGCUUUGAGGGCAUGAGGGUGGUGGUUAAUGCUCUGGUUGGAGCCAUACCCUCCAUCUUCAACGUCAUGCUGGUGUGUAUGAUCUUCUGGCUGAUCUUCAGCAUCAUGGGCGUGAACCUGUUUGCAGGGAAGUUUUAUUACUGCUUCAACGAGACAGCAGGGGAGAGGUUCCCCGCUGAGCAGGUCAACAAUAAGACCGAGUGCUUCGAGCUGAUACAGAACAACUUCACUGAGGUCCGCUGGAAGAAUGCCAAGAUCAACUACGACAACGUGGGGAUGGGCUACCUGUCGCUGCUGCAAGUGGCCACUUUUAAAGGAUGGAUGGACAUCAUGUACUCAGCGGUGGACUCCAGACAGGUGGAGUCCCAGCCGAUGUACGAGGAGAACCUGUACAUGUACCUGUACUUCGUUUGCUUCAUCAUCUUCGGCUCGUUCUUCACCCUCAACCUCUUCAUCGGCGUCAUCAUCGAUAACUUCAACCAGCAGAAAGCUAAGCUCGGAGGAACGGAUCUCUUCAUGACUGAAGAUCAGAAGAAAUACUACAACGCCAUGAAGAAACUGGGCUCCAAGAAGCCUCAAAAACCAAUUCCUCGACCGAAGAACAUGUUCCAGGGUCUGGUCUUUGACCUGGUGACCAAACAGUUUUUCGACAUCUUCAUCAUGGUGUUGAUCUGCCUCAACAUGGUGACGAUGAUGGUGGAAACGGACGAGCAGAGCGAGGAGAAGGAAGCCAUCUUGUACUGGAUCAAUCUGGUCUUCAUCGUCAUCUUCACCAGCGAGUGCGUUCUGAAGAUCGUGGCUCUCAGGCAGCACUACUUCGCUGUGGGCUGGAACAUCUUCGACUUCGUGGUGGUCAUACUGUCCAUCGCUGGCCUGCUUCUUGCUGACAUCAUAGAGAAAUAUUUUGUCUCGCCCACUCUCUUCCGUGUGAUCCGAUUGGCUCGGAUCGGUCGGAUUCUUCGUCUCAUCCGUGGAGCCAAGGGCAUCCGAACGCUGCUCUUCGCCUUGAUGAUGUCACUUCCUGCCCUCUUCAACAUCGGCCUCCUGCUCUUCCUCAUCAUGUUCAUCUUCUCCAUCUUUGGGAUGUCGAACUUCGCCUACGUGAAGAAGGAAGGCAUGAUUGACGACAUGUUUAAUUUUGAGGACUUUGGGAACAGCAUGAUCUGCCUGUUCAUGAUCACCACGUCGGCCGGGUGGGACGGCCUGCUCGUUCCCAUCAUGAACACCCCACCGGACUGCGAUCCAGACUUUGAGAACCCCGGCUCGGCCGUCAAAGGAAACUGCGGCAGCCCCGGGGUGGGGAUCGUCUUCUUCACCCUGUACAUCAUCAUGUCCUUCCUGGUGGUGGUCAACAUGUACAUCGCCAUCAUAUUGGAGAACUUCAACGUGGCCACAGAGGAGAGCUCGGACCCCCUGUCCGAGGAUGACUUCGAAAUGUUCUAUGAGACCUGGGAGAAGUUUGACCCCAAGGCUUCACAGUUCAUACACUACAGUAAGCUGUCAGAAUUAUGUGACGCUCUGCAGGCUCCUCUGAGGAUUCCCAAACCCAACAUCGUCAAGUUGAUCCAGAUGGAUCUGCCUCUGGUUCCAGGAGACAAGAUCCACUGCAUGGACAUCCUGCUGGCUCUCACUACAGAGGUUCUGGGUGAGUCCGAAGCGAUGGAUGCUUUAAAGACCAACAUCGAGGAGAAGUACAUGGCCAACAAUCCCUCCAAGAAACUGUACGAACCAGUAAUCAGCACCCUGAGGACGAAACAGGAGGAGAUUUCAGCCUCUGUGAUCCAGAGAGCGUACAGGAGGCACCUCCUGCGGCGGGCCAUCAAACAAGCGUCCUACACGUACCGAGAAAAGACGAAGGGACGCAGAGACGGGCUGUCUCCACCAGAGACAGAAGGACUUAUCUGUAAGCAAAUCAGUCGGCUGUACGGAGACAGCGAGACCGUUUCUGGUGUCCAGCGUGAGGACUGUCCCGUCCAGGUGGAGCUUCAGAGGGAGCUCCUCCUYCACGCUGCUCCUCCUCCAAAUGACCGCACUCUGAAGGAGUCGGUCGUGUGAGGAAAGUCAGCUGAGGAGCAACACCUGUCUGUUAGCUCCAGCUUCUCUGAAAACUCAAUCUGAGAACUCCUAAUCUGCUUUAAUCUGAAGACUCCAAACCCACAGCUCUGUUCACGCUGUUUGGGUUKUUCAUUUUCCAACAGAGCUUAAAUCAUAAACACAAGUCUGUCUCCUUGAUAACUAACUUUCUGUUGUUCAGCAGAUUCAUCUUCUGUAAUCCAGGAUAUUCUACGGCUGCCUGCCAGUUAAUAGAAAAUAUAAUCUUGUAAAUAAAUCGUAGUCUGCAUUUAUUUCUUGUUUAAAAUUAUCAGGAGACACAGUACGACACUGUGCUGCACUGUACUACAUAAUACUAAACUGUACUGCAAUGUAAAACAAUGUACUGUACUGUACAGUAGUACACAGUACAGUACAGCUAUACGAAGACAACACGGCUGUUUCUGGUGUCUGGUGUGAGGACAGUCCCGUCCAGGUGGAACUAAUCCAGGAUAUUCUGCCCKUUAAUAUAAAACAUAAUCUUGUAAAUAAA